AUGGCUACCAGAAAAAUCCCAAAUCACCCAAACACAAACAAGAAUAAUCUGAAGGGAAAGCAAAACUCCAUGGCCACCGCCAGAAUACCUCACUUACCUGUCCUUGUUAUCCACCAUGUCCUCCAAUUCCUUCCCACAAAACAUGCCAUCCGCAUGAGCUCUCUUUGCAAGCAAUGGGCAGGGCUGUGGUCUUCAGUCCCAGUACUAGAUUUCGAAGAGGAGGCGGACGAGCCACAUGCAAAGUUCAUCAAUUUUGUGGACAGGUGUUUGGAAAUUCAUGAGAAAUACGAGCACUUAGACAAAUUCAGGCUUCACAUGAGGUUCCGUUCAGAUGAAGACGAAUAUAAACUGGACAAGUGGUUGGGUUUUGCAGUUGAAAGAAGAGUCAAAGAGUUAGAUAUCAGCUUCAGCGAUAUAUGGCCGUUCGUUGGCGUUGAUUUACUCUCGCCCCCUCUUAAUGCAAAGUCUUUAACUAGUUUGAAUUUGGAGAAUGUGAUCAUAGCGAACAGGGGCUGCCCUUGCAUUCAGUAUUUGUCCUUAACUUCAUCUUCUUCCUCCAAGUCCAACUAUUAUAAUAUAUCCAUGCAGACCCUUCUUGAUGCAAAGUCUUUAACUUCCUUGAAUCUAGAGUUCGUCGUAAUAACAGAUGACAGUAAUAAUGAUCCUCCUAUAGCCCGCCUUCCCUAUUUGGAAACAGUGUCCCUCACAACUGUGGACAUUAAUUACGGGACUUUCGCCCAAUUAAUUUCAAGUAGCCCUUCCAUUGAGCAUUUGUCAGUAUCUAUACGUUUCCCUCAUUCUUAUAAUUAUAUUCUACCUUCCUCCAGUCUCAAAUCCUUUGAAGUUAGAAUUUUCAAUUCAGACGUGGUUCAAGUCAGUGGAGCUGAGAGUCUUGAAUCUUGUACCUUGGUUUUAGAAUCUCCAAAGCAGAUUAAGCGUAUACGGUUGGAUCGUUGCAAAAACUUGAAACAUUUGAGCAUUCGUGCUCCGCAGCUUCCAAACUUUACACUACAACUGCAUGGUUGCAAACAUCUUGUGAAUGCCUCACUUGAUAUUCCAAAGUUGGAUUGGACUGGAAUCAACUCCAAUGUUGAAUGGAUACAUUUGUAA